CAGCUUGAUAUUUUUUUGUAUUAUGUGAUUCUUAUUUUAUUAUUAUGGUUAAAUAUGAUGGAACAACAUCAAAUCAAACACAACUGGAACACUUUCUCGGAUGAGGCAACAACCUCGUCGUUUUCCUUCUUCUUCUAUUGACCCUCUCAGUCUCAGUCUUUUGUUGUUUACUCACACUCUGUCUUUCACUCUGUUCAACAUUUCUACCACCAAUAAUAAUAAUAAUAAUAAUAAUACUAUUAUAUAACCAAAAUCUUUCUUCUUUAUGUAGAAGCUACAAUUUUUCUUUUCUGGGUUUUCUCAUUUUUCUUUCAAUUUUCCCGCUCCAAUUGUUUGUUGCUAUUACAUUGCAUUGUUUUCUGAGAUAAAGUGGAACAUCAAAUGAAUGCUAGAGCACGCUCAACUCUCCACUCAAUCAAAUCUUCUUUCAAUGAUGCCAAAAAGGAGAAGAUGGAAGGUGGAGGGAGCAAGAGCAAAGCAAUGAAAAAUGGCCGUCGAUCUAAUCGAGAAAGGAAGAUUGCAUUGUUACAAGAUGUAGAUAAGUUGAAGAGGAAGCUAAGACAUGAAGAGAAUGUUCAUAGAGCUUUAGAAAGAGCAUUUACUAGACCUUUGGGAUCUUUACCUCGUCUUCCUCCUUAUCUUCCUCCAUAUACAUUGGAGCUUCUAGCUGAAGUGGCUGUAUUGGAAGAGGAAGUAGUUAGGCUUGAAGAACAAGUUGUAAAUUUCAGACAAGGUUUAUAUCAAGAAGCUGUAUACAUUUCCUCCAAAAGAAAUGCAGAAAAUUUGAAUGACCCUAUUGACCAAAACAACAUGAGAAGUAGUAAUUCUAAGCAUCAAAGAUCAAAAUCUUAUUCACAAAGUGAAUUUAAUUCAAUGACAACAAGGCUACCACCACAGAAUUCUCUUGCCAGAAGUGCUUCUAGCAGAAAGCUAUUAUUCUCUCCUGACACUGUCAUUAAUCACAGUGGAAAUAAUGGGAAACAAUUACACAGAAAACAAGAUUCAUUUUCAUCUAUUCAAGAAGAAGGAAGGGGAAAAGAGAAUUUCUUGUUUGGUAACUUUGUGAAAGAUAAGCAAUCACCUGUGAAGAGAAUAUCCAAACUCAUUACUCCAUUAAAGAAAUCACCACUCAAACAUGAAUCAGCUCAAAAGUCCAUGGAUCAAUUGAAAUUACAGCUGGAUUGGAGAUUAUCAGAACAUGAAAGGGCACAGAGUUUCUUAAAUUCACCAAUAGAAAAUAAAGUGUCAGAAAUUGAUGGCACACCAAAUAGAGUUUCAGAGGAUCUUGUCAAGUGUUUGUCUAACAUAUUUGUGAGAAUUGGUACAUCCAAGGACAAAUUUGUUGAAUCUAAAACUCCUUCAACUUCUGGAUCAUCUUUCAACCAAUGUAGGAAAGAAAAGGAUCAGUUUUGUGAUCCUUAUGAUAUCUGUUCAGAAUCUAAAACAAGAGAAGUUGGUCCAUAUAAGAAUUUGUGUGAAGUUAAAGGUUCCACUGUUGAUCUCAAUAAAACAACAAAUGCAAUGUUUUUGAUCCACAGAUUGAAGUUCCUACUUGGUAAACUUGCCUCUUUGAACUUGAAGGGACUUAACCAUCAAGAAAAACUUGCAUUCUGGAUAAACACUUAUAAUUCUUCUAUUCUGAAUGCAUACUUAGAACAUGGCAUACCUGAAAGUCCUGAAAUGGUUGUAGCACUAAUGCAAAAGGCAACAAUAGUAGUAGGGGGGCAGUUGCUGAAUGCAAUCACAAUAGAACAUUUUAUCUUGAGACUACCUUAUCAUCUUAAGUUUACAUGUCCAAAAGCUGCCAAAAAUGAUGAGGUGAAAGCAAGAAGCAUAUUUGGAUUGGAAUGGUCUGAGCCCUUAGUGACAUUUGCACUUUCCUGUGGAAGCUGGUCUUCACCUGCAGUGAGGGUGUAUACAGCAUCACAAGUUGAUAAUGAAUUAGAAGCAGCAAAGAGAGAUUAUUUACAAGCUUCAAUUGGAAUUACAAAAUCAAACAAGAUAAUAAUUCCCAAAUUAUUGGAUUGGUAUUUACUAGAUUUUGCAAAGGACCUUGAUUCUUUAUUGGACUGGAUUUGUCUCCAAUUACCUAAUGAAAUAAGAAACCAAGCAGUUAAAUGUAUUGAAGGAAGGGAAAAUGAGUCUCUUUCACAUAUGGUACAAAUGAAGCCUUAUGAUUUCAGUUUCAGGUUGCUUUUACAUCAAUGAAUUAGUCUCUUAAGUUUUUUAAUUUUGAUGUGGUGGGUAUUUUUUGUACAUUGGAUAGUUACAUAGAAAAUAUAUAAGCCAAAACAUGUAAUAAUGUUUCGGAGCAACUUUACGCAUUCACACAUGUUUAAAAAAUUAAAUGUGUUUUUAGAAGCGUAGUUCUGAAAGACAUAUUUCGCUAGGAAGUGUAUUUUCGGAUUGCAUAAAAUUAUCAUUUUUCUUCUUUUGA